CUUCCCGGCGCGGGCAGGCUGUGCGAGGCGGCCGAGCGGGCGAUGAAGAAGAAGCAGCAGCAUCCGGGCGGCGGUGGCGCGGAUGCCUGGCCCCAUGGGGCCCCUCUUGCGGGCGCCCCUCCGGGCCCGGGCAGCUGGAAGCGCCGGCUCCCUCUGCCGCCUUUCCUGCGCUUCUCCCUCCGGGACUACGGUUUCUGCAUGGCCACCCUGCUGCUCUUCUGCCUGGGCUCCCUCUUCUAUCAGCUCGGCGGGGGACCCCCGCGCUUCCUGCUCGACCUGCGGCAGUAUUUGGGAAAUUCUACUUAUUUGGAUGACCAUGGGCCACCUCCUAGUAAGGUACUGCCGUUCCCGAGCCAGGUGGUAUACAACAGAGUGGGCAAGUGUGGGAGUCGUACUGUGGUCUUACUUCUGAGGAUCUUGUCUGAGAAGCAUGGAUUCAAUUUGGUCACUUCCGACAUUCACAACAAAACCAGGCUUACUAAAAAUGAACAAAUGGAGCUGAUUAAAAAUAUAAGUACUGCCGAACAGCCCUAUUUAUUUACUCGACAUGUUCAUUUCCUCAACUUCUCAAGGUUUGGAGGAGACCAGCCUGUCUACAUUAACAUCAUUAGAGACCCUGUCAACCGGUUCUUAUCCAACUAUUUUUUCCGUCGAUUUGGAGAUUGGAGAGGAGAACAGAAUCACAUGAUCCGCACCCCCAGCAUGAGGCAGGAGGAGCGCUACUUGGACAUCAAUGAGUGUAUUCUUGAGAACUAUCCUGAGUGUUCCAACCCCAGGUUAUUUUACAUCAUUCCGUAUUUUUGUGGACAGCAUCCCAGAUGCAGGGAGCCUGGUGAGUGGGCCCUCGAAAGAGCAAAACUGAACGUGAAUGAAAACUUCCUGCUUGUGGGGAUUCUUGAAGAGCUGGAAGAUGUGCUGCUUUUACUGGAGAGAUUUUUACCUCAUUACUUCAAGGGUGUGCUCGGCAUCUACAAAAACCCAGAGCAUAGGAAACUUGGAAACAUGACUGUGACUGUGAAGAAGACUGUCCCCUCUCCCGAGGCUGUGCAGAUCCUCUACCAGCGAAUGAGAUAUGAGUAUGAGUUCUACCACUACGUCCGAGAGCAGUUCCACCUGCUGAAGCGCAAGUUCGGACUGAAGUCUCACGUCAGCAAGCCCCCUCUGAGACCACAUUUCUUUAUUCCAACUCCACUGGAGACCGAGGAGCCAGCUGAUGAUGAGGAGCAAGAUGAUGAAAAGUGGUUACAAGAUAUUUAUAAAAGGUGAUGCAGUACUGUGUUGCCCCCCUGGCUUUAUCUCCCUUUCCAGAAAGUUUUUGUUUGGAGAAAAAAAAAAAAAAAAAUUCCUUAAGGAACUAAAUUAAUGCUUGGCUGCAUUAAAAAGAACAAAACAUUCCCACAUGUUGGGGUCAUUGGGAGAUGCCCGGUUUUGCGGGUUUUAUUUGUUUAAUUUUAUUAUGUGUUUUCCUUGGCUCCUUGGGUCCUUCCCAGGUAUAUUAGAUGGCUCUAUCACAAGGCAUCUUGUCAUAAAAUAACUGUUUUUUCCUGUAGUAUAGUGGGAGAGAGGGGGAG